CCUGUACUCGUGGCCAUCCAAAAUCUUGCGGUUUAUCCUUCUGCUUCCCGCCUCUGCAUCUGUAUCUGCAUCUUUGAAAGACUAACUCCGCCACUCCUUAGAACUCAAUUCCACCAGAGCACUUCGUCUGCUCCGUGGAUCUCACACCCCCUCCGCCUGCUACGACCUUGAUCUUUCUCGACUGUAUUGGCCGGCACAAUGCUCCGAACUUCCCUACGCCAGAAGAGCAGCCAGCUCCUCAAAGCUGGCUGUUCUGCGCGAGCUCUCUGUACAUCGCCCUCGACCCGAAGCCCUCUAAUAUUCUCCAACAACACCUCGAAAGCUCUUCAUGCGUCGAAACGAAACCCAUUGGCAGCUGUCUCCCAAAAGAGACGUGCUGCGGCCGUUGCCUCGGCGCCAGACCCAAAUGAUAACUUCCUGUCAGGAAAUAGCUCAAAUUACAUUGAUGAGAUGUAUAUGCAAUGGAAAGAGGAUCCAUCAAGCGUACAUGUCUCAUGGCAGGUCUACUUCCGCAAUAUGGAGAGCGGCGAUAUGCCAAUGUCGCAAGCUUUCACCCCUCCACCAACUCUGGUACCUUCGCCCACCGGAGGCGUCGCAAGCUUUAUGCCAGGCCUAGGGAUGGCUGCUGGUGAGGGCUCAGAUGUCACCAACCAUUUGAAGGUCCAGCUGCUUGUUCGUGCAUACCAAGCUCGUGGUCACCACAAAGCAAACAUUGAUCCUUUGGGCAUCCGGCGCGAGGCGGAAGAGUUUGGAUAUAGCAACCCAAAAGAGUUGAGACUCGAGCAUUACCAGUUCACCGAAAAAGAUCUUGAUACCGAAUACACUCUUGGCCCUGGAAUUCUGCCCCGAUUUAAGAAGGAUGGGCGAGAGAAGAUGACUCUGCGCGAUAUUAUUGCCGCAUGUGAGCGCAUUUACUGUGGUUCAUAUGGUGUCGAGUACAUUCAUAUCCCAGACAGAGAACAAUGCGAUUGGCUCCGUGAGCGCGUCGAGGUGGAGACACCUUUCAAGUACUCAAUUGACGAGAAGCGACGAAUCCUCGAUCGAUUAAUCUGGAGUUCGAGUUUCGAACUUUUCUCCGCCACUAAAUACCCCAAUGAUAAGCGAUUCGGUUUGGAAGGUUGCGAGACCUUGGUUCCAGGAAUGAAAGCCUUGAUCGAUAGAAGUGUGGACUAUGGUGUUAAAGAUAUCGUUAUUGGUAUGCCUCAUCGUGGUCGUCUUAAUGUCCUCAGUAACGUUGUCCGCAAACCAAACGAGUCCAUUUUUAGCGAGUUUGGGGGUUCUGCCGCAGCCGAGGACGAGGGAUCUGGUGAUGUCAAAUACCAUCUGGGAAUGAACUUCGAGAGACCCACUCCAUCCGGAAAGCGGGUGCAGCUCUCCUUGGUCGCCAAUCCUUCCCAUUUGGAGGCAGAAGACCCAGUCGUUUUGGGCAAGACCAGAGCCAUUCAACAUUACAACGAUGACGAGAAAUCUCACAAGACUGCCAUGGGUGUUCUCCUCCACGGUGAUGCAGCUUUCGCAGCCCAGGGUGUUGUCUAUGAGUGUUUGGGAUUCCACGCUUUACCAGCCUACUCAACUGGUGGUACCAUCCAUUUGGUCGUGAACAACCAAAUUGGUUUCACCACAGAUCCUCGUUUCGCUCGUUCCACGGCCUACUGUACUGAUAUUGCCAAGUCCAUUGAUGCCCCAGUCUUUCACGUCAAUGCUGAUGAUGUCGAGGCUGUCAACUAUGUUUGCCAACUUGCCGCUGAUUGGCGUGCUGAAUUCCGAAAGGAUGUUGUCAUCGAUCUUGUCUGCUAUCGUAAACACGGUCACAACGAGACUGAUCAACCUUCUUUCACUCAACCACUCAUGUACAAGAAGAUUCAAUCACAUGAGUCUCAAAUUGAUAUUUACAUCAAUCAGUUAUUGAAGGAUGGUAGCUUUACCAAGGAGGAUAUCGAGGAGCACCGCAAAUGGGUUUGGGGCAUGUUGGAAGAGAGCUUCGCCAAGAGCAAAGAUUAUCAACCAACAUCCAAGGAAUGGACCACUUCCGCUUGGAAUGGCUUCAAGUCACCAAAGGAAUUGGCUGCAGAGGUUCUUCCUCACAACCCAACCGGUGUUGCUGUCAAAACUCUUGAGCACAUUGGUACAACUAUUGGCUCUACUCCAGAAGGCUUCAAUGUCCACCGUAACUUAAAACGUAUCCUCGCAAACCGUGUCAAGACAGUAAACGAAGGCACCAACAUCGAUUGGUCAACCGCUGAGGCACUUGCUUUUGGCUCAUUGGUUAGCGAGGGACACCACGUACGAGUUUCUGGUCAAGAUGUUGAGCGUGGAACCUUCUCGCAAAGGCAUGCAGUUUUCCAUGACCAGGAGAAUGAGAAGACAUAUACGCCACUUCAGCACGUCAGCAGGGACCAAGGCAAAUUUGUCAUUGCCAACUCUUCCUUGAGUGAAUUUGGAGCCCUUGGGUUUGAGUAUGGUUACUCCCUUUCAUCUCCUAACGCGCUUGUCAUGUGGGAGGCCCAGUUUGGUGACUUCGCCAACAACGCCCAAUGUAUCAUUGAUCAAUUCGUCGCUUCCGGUGAAGUCAAAUGGAUGCAAAGAUCUGGUCUUAUCAUGUCGUUGCCCCACGGAUAUGAUGGACAGGGACCUGAGCAUUCUUCUGGACGUAUGGAAAGAUAUCUCCAAUUGAGUAACGAAGACCCACGUGUUUUCCCAGCACCUGAGAAGCUCGACCGUCAGCACCAAGACUGCAACAUGCAGAUUGCGUAUAUGACCGAACCUUCAAACUUGUUCCAUAUCUUGCGUAGACAGAUGAACCGACAGUUCAGAAAGCGUAAGUUGAUUCCCUCUUAUUUCCGUCUAACAUCUUUCUAACACUGCAUAGCUCUCAUCCUUUUCUUCUCCAAAUCUCUCCUCAGACAUCCUCUCGCACGAUCGCCAAUUGAGGAGUUCACUGGUGAUUCCCAAUUCAGAUGGAUCAUCCCUGACCCAGAACACGGCAAGAGCAUCGUCGAGCCAGAGCAGGUUGAACGUGUAAUUAUCUGCACGGGACAAGUCUACGUCGCACUCCACAAGCACCGUGCCGACAAGGGUAUCAAGGAUACCGCCAUCACUCGAAUUGAACAGUUGAACCCAUUCCCAUGGCAACAACUCAAGGAGAACCUCGACAUGUACCCCAACGCCAAGACUAUAGUUUGGUGUCAAGAGGAGCCUCUUAACGCCGGAGCUUGGUCCUUUACUCAACCUAGAAUCGAGACUCUCUUGAACCAGACUCAGCAUCACGACCGCAAGCACGUUAUGUAUGCUGGACGAAACCCAAGUGCCAGUGUGGCCACGGGAUUGAAGAGCAGCCAUACUAAGGAGGAGGCUGAGCUUUUGGAGACUGCUUUUACUGUCACCCAGGAUAAGCUUAAGGGGGAGUAAAUGGUGAUUGAAUAGAAGGUCAAUGUAGAAAGGGGCUGUAAGUGUGUAAUGAUCGGGGGAUUUCUGGUGUUCUUUGGGCCGCGUGUAGA